UUUUUUUUUUUUUUGUUGUUUUUUUUUUUUUUACCAUCCACUGAGGAGCAUCUGCUGGCAGAAAACAUGCGCUGAUCAUGGGCUUGUCCUUUUGGUAAUAUUGUCUGAGCUGCAACACAAACGCCGCCUGCAUCUGUAGGAAAAUAUUACCAUGGGUUCCAGACUGAGCAGGCAGAGCAGCCUGGACAAUGAGAAUUUCUCCAAAAAGCGACGCAAGCUUCUAGAUAGCACCGGAGAGAGCGACAGGGGCAGUCGGGGCAGCGGGGACUUUCUGUUUGCACUGAUGCUGAAAUCAGACAAACUGCCUGGGAUGCUGCGUAGGACCAACCACAGCCCGUACAUGAGGCGAGUGGCGUGGAUCAAAGAGAUACAGAAGCUGCUCCGUGACCGCAGGAUAGAGCAGGCAACCGACGUGCUCAAAUUACUGAGGAAGGAUCUUGGUUUGGAAGGCUCCUCGCUCAACGACAUCUUGUACAAAAACGCUGCCUUCCUCAACCUGGUGGACCCGAUCUCACACGAGCUGCUGCUCAGCCUGGCUCGAGAGAUGCAGUGUCCUAAGAAGGAUGCAGACACCAUAAAGUCUUCUGAUAAGAUUUGCAGACAGCUGAUCUACCACCUGACCCCGCACUCAAAGUGGCUGAGGCAGAGCAUGUCCAGACGGAAAUCCCAGGCCUGUCUCAAGACAACUCUACAGAAAAAGCUGUCCAGCGACUCACUCGACCUAGCUGGCAUCCCCCUGUCCACCCGUGAUGUCCGCCAAGUCGCCUUCUACCUCCAAACCAACAGAGACAGCGUGGUGGCUGUGGACAUCAGCUUCACUGAACUCCAGGACGAGAACCUGAAGCUUCUCCUGCCUCUUCUCGCUUCGCUGCCCAAACUCAGCACUCUGGCUCUCAACGGUAACCGCCUCACCCUGGCUAUACUCAAAGACCUCACCGAGAUGCUCAAAGACCCCAAGAUGUUCUCAAGCCUGGCCUGGAUCGAUCUGGGCAACAAUGUGGAUAUUUUUACCAUGCCUCAGCCACUGCUAGUCGCGUUGCGUCGGCGCUGUAGCCUGAAGAGCAGUUUACCAACUAUCUACGAGUACACAGAGGGUCAACCCUACAGCUACCACCUGGAGACUUCGAUCGAGGAGCCCAGCCACUAUGAGGAGGAAGAGGAGGAGGACGAGGACGAGGACGAGGCGGAGGAUGACGAGGAUGACAUGGGGAACAAAUUCGAGCUGGAGCCGUGGGCUUUGGGGGAGAAGCAGCUCUCCAAAGACUUCACCCUUCACUACUGUGAGAGGUGAUGGAGUAUUUCCUCUCUGAGGCUCUUUCAACUGUGGUUGAAAUGUUGUCCCACAGUGUUCUGUUACGUCCUUCGCCCUUUCGCCCUCACACCACGAGCCCAGUCACCCUUCGAGGCACAAGGGAGAUCUGUGCCCACAUUGACACGGCUACCAAGCUAUUCCUAACCAUCUCUGAGUUAACCCACACAAGAUGAGAGUGAAGUGACAGUCACGACAGCAGACUUACUGUGUUGGUGGAUGGUGCUCUUGGGAACAAGGUGCGGUUUCAUUGGAGGGGGGCUGGAAGAGUUAAUGAACCAGUGCUUUCUCUCUCUCUCUCGCUCUCUCUCUGUCUCUCCCUCUUUCUCUCUCUCCCCCUCUCUCUCUCUCUCUCUCUCUGGUGGUGGCAGCUGAAGAGCCAAUCCCAAGGAGAUUUAGAUCAGUUGGUUGGAUGGAGGAGCAGCAUCCCGGCGGUAGCUGAAGUGGAACUGGAGUUAGUUUGGAAACAGAGGGUCCCUCUGGGUUCUCUACCAGGACUGAGACUAUCUCUGGCAGGCAGGGCCUAGCUCCACAUUGUGUGUUCUCUGUUAAUCUCUCAACAAAAGCUAUGACACUGGUUCAACAGACUAUACAGCCGACGACCCGUCACGUGACGCCAGCAAAACUGCUAGGUCAAGACUUUUUGCGUUUUCCCCCCCUUUCCAAAUGUCCACUUGUGAAUACCCACGCAGCCCUUGUGUAGAUGUAAAUGUGGACACAAAACAUGGCUCUGUUGUGUUUCCACGGGCUAUUUUUGUGCACUUUUGGUGAACAAAGCAAUCUUAGAAGACAAACAGGUAGGACUUAACAAUGGAUAGCUGUCACUGAUUGUUUUUGUACUUGCCUAAAUGCUGAUAUUCACCUCUUUGUAAUUACUGAGCUGUUGUAGUCAUCACCACAGUGUUUCAGUGUGUUUAUGACACUACAGCCAACUGUUGACAUGGGCCACCGAGUGUGAGCAGUGCCCAAAUCGCCCGUCCUACUGCCGGUUGUCUCUACAAAUAUGUUGUCAUUUCAAUUUAUUGAUGUAGCCCUGUGUUUGUUAUGAGAGACAGCCACGACUGUUAUCUAUUGGUCAGAGUCUGUCUACAGUAGCACAUAAUGACUAAGUUAGACUGACCGAAACACUGCAGUGCACUUUAAGGAGACUUUUUUUUUAAUAUUUCAGUUUCUCCAUAGCAUAUACUCUGUGUACAUUGUUUAUAGCUAGAUAUAUUUACAAAGCUGAAGCUGAACAGAUACCUCUUUAAGGUAAAAUGAUGACCAAAUGGCUCAUGAUUGUUAGAAGGAUCAUUGAAAACAACAUACCUGCAUCACCUGAUAUAUAAUACGUGUUUAAGUGUGUGUGUUAUAUGUGUUUGUAACAGUAAAAUGUCUGAUUACUGCUGUAAUUGUGUUAUUGUUUUGGUGUUUCGUCUUUUGUCUGACUCUGUAAUUAUGAUAAUGACUCUAAUGGCUAUGAAACUGAGCGCAGUGACCUGCUACUGUAAGCUUGAACAGUAAACAAAUAGGGACGUGGCUAAUGUGAUUAUACAAUGAAGCAGAAAAUAGUUCAGUAAAUGUAAAUUGCACUCAGAGCGGACGCCUUUUAUGUUGAAUGUUUAAUCUCUCAAAUGAUGGAGAGCACAGUCCACUUGGUUCGUAGUUUUAUGUUUCGUAUGUCAACGUCGGCCCCUUCCUUGUAGCCUGUGUGUACUUGUCUCACGCCAAACACUGACUGCCAAUAAAAGAACCGAACCAAACUGA